AAAAGAGUCCCGCUUUCCAGAACCCAACAGCGGGUGGACGAAAACAAGAGGAAGAAACGAGAAAACGUUUCAUGUUAUCGGAGCAAAGAUGGCGAUAAGCAGAGGACAAGAGGAGGACGGCUCAUCCUCGGCGCCUCCAACAGGACGUCUUAAUAGACGGGACCCGUUCUUGAUCAUAUGCAGGUGUUUCAGCGUCGUUACUGCUCUCGCCGGGAUCCUCUGCAUUGCCGUCAACGUCCUCUCCGCCAUCCGAUCCUUCCAGAACGGAUCCGAUAUUUUCGAUGGAGUAUUUCGUUGUUAUGCCGUGGUUAUUGCUUUCUUAAUGGUUUUGACCGAGACGGAGUGGAGUUUUAUUAUGAAGUUCUCGAAGAUUUUGGAAUACUGGGCUGGUAGGGGUAUGCUACAAAUCUUUGUUGCAGUAAUGACAAGAGCUUAUUCUUCCUAUGGGUCCACGCAGAAGGACCUUCUUCUUCUUCAGAACAUAGCGUGCUAUUUUCUCCUUGGUUGCGGUCUGAUCUAUGUGAUUUCGGGACUCUUAUGCAUUGGCUUUCUCAAACGUGCUCACCAAGAGAAAGAAAUUUCAAGGGAGCAAGCUAUUAGGGAUCUAGAGGAAUUGGAACGGCGCAGAGAGGAACUCGAACAAUUGCUUUUGACAGAAGAGGCUUGAGACAACUUGUGUGGUUCAUCCGGAGGAAACACUAACUGUUUAAGUUCAGGGGAAAAGGAUAUGAGUAUGACCUCCCAGAAUUCCCUGAGUACAGGAUGUUUGUUUGCUAUUCUGAUCUUGUGCUUUUCAACUUCUUUUUUUUUUU